AAGCCUACGCCAGCCACGUUAAGCCACAGUCAGCAGGGACCUCACAUCGCGUCAUGUGAAGUCGCUAGCAAUUCAGGAAAAACGAGUUUGGGGACAUUGUGUUUUCAGUGUCCCUCCUUGUUUUUUUCAGUGUUGCUCCUCUGUGGUUAUAAACACCCUGACGGCGCCCGCAGCGGCUUCAGUUGCCUUUGCGUCUGCCUGCGACUUCGACAGAGCUCAUCAUGGACCACGCUCAGUCCUUCUCGGCCCUCAACCAGAGGCUGAGACCCCAAAUCCCCAUCCAACAGGUGUACACCUCCCUGAACAGACUGGAGGAGCUCAAGAUCAAAUCUCCAUUCGUCAGAAGCACAUUUCUGGCAGGACCAGAACCAAAAGCCUGCGAAAGUAGUCCAGGGGACGACUCGGAAGGGGAAGACCCGACCUCCAAUGGCGACAGUUGUGCUGGACUGUCAAGCAACCCGAUCCACAUCACUGAGUCGAAUAUACACGAGCUCAUUGACGACAACAGAAGCCUUUCCUCGUCCGAGGAGGAGGACCACCGGAGGGAGCUGCCCUCUGAGGGGUCAGCUCCUUCCUCGCAGGCGGCAGCUUCGGACUCUGAAGGGGAGAGGCCCUUGCAGAGUGACCACGUCAACAAGACUUUACCCGACCUGAUCAACAGCGGCAAGCCGCUCAGCAGACGUCGGACUCUAGGACAUGUCUCAGAGACGCUUAAAGAAGUGCGCAGAGAGGUGGAGCUGUCUCGAAGACGAAGCAUCAGGCUCAAGGCGCAGGUGGACAGGCUGCAGGAGAGCAGCGAUCGACCGGGAUGGAGCCAGCACCGAGAGAGGGUCAAAGAAGAGGUUCUGUCCAUCCUGGGGCUGCUUCGCCCGCUAACAGAGUCAGGGUCCGGCCCGCAUCCUAAAACCUCUCAUGAGGAGAAGCACCUGGACACAUCCCUGAAGGAGCUGCAGAACGUGGCCCGCGAAUUGGCUAUUCGUCACACCAAGCAGUUCAAAUCUGGGAGAGGAAAAGGGGCGGAGGAAAGCACGAUUCUGCAGCAGGCGUUACGGGACAGAGACGAGGCCAUGGAGAAGAAGAAGGCGAUGGAGGCCGAGCUGCUGCGGAGUAAAACAGAGUUGAUGGUGCUGAACAACCAGCUGCUGGAGGCGGUGCAGAAGCGUCUGGAGCUGGCGCUGGAGCUUGAGACCUGGAAGGAGGACGUUCAGCGUAUCCUCCACCAGCAGCUUCAGAGUCAGCAGCAGGCCGAGCAGUCACAGAAGAAGCCCGCCACCCUGCGCAUCCCGAGGAGGACGAACAAGGAGCCCCUCCAGCGGCCGUCUAACUUCCCUUUAUCUCGGGCCGUCUCCCCCACGACCAACCCCAACCAGAUCUUCAUCCCCCGAGCUGCGGUUUUGGCCGCCCCGAAUCCCAGCCCGUCUCCUUCCACCCCGCGUCGGUGGAUGGACAAGCUGAGGAGGAAAAAGAACGGUCCCGAUGGAGGCCAGAGUGCAGCGGAGCAGGAGUCAGAGGGCAGGGGCGCCGACUCUGGCUUCAAGGUCGUAUCCCUCGAUUGAAACGGAGAGGACUGAGAGCAAAACUACUCACGUCCAACCGUUGUCUUAGAGUCGCUAAUAUAGAGCUUGACACUAGAAUGCUGUUUUCACAUUAAGUUGCCGAAGGGGGAACGUCUCUCUGUGAAAUGGAAGCGGAGGCCGACGCGUGUACGUACAUGAUUUGUGUUGUCACAGAAAGUAGCCCAUGGUGGUCAAGUACGCGACGUGGAAUCAGUCUUGAGGGCACAACAUUGAAAAUAGACUUUGCGCUGAGUUUGGAUACCUCAAAUCCAUCAGUUAAACCCGUGGAAGGAUUAAUAUUUACAGAUUUAUUGUUUCAAUAAGGGAGGAUGAAUGGAUGUGAUUUGAAUAUGUUUUAACAAGGUAAUUAAUGGGGAUCUUGCAGAAAAUCUUGGGAAAACAUGCUUUGGAUCAUUGACAUGUAUUUUUAUGAAGUAUAACUGGGAUCAUAAGGACCUAUAUAAAUGUUUAACACUGUGACAGUUGAUUACCAUACAUCACUUUAGAUUCUUCAUUGCCU